GGUGAGGCAGACUGUUAUUAUACCAGCACCCCGGCAGCACGAGGCUGCGGCAACACAAGUCGCGUGCUGUUCUUGUUUAAAGGGUAAAAGGACGUAGAUAAAAACGGACGGCUAGCUGUUAUAUCCGCUCUCCUCCAUACGGAAUACGCUACUGGGUCCACCGACAGCAUCCCUUCCAUCUUUGCUGUCCCCUUGUCAUCAGUCCCUUGUUCCAUCACCCACUGUCUCCCUCCAUCUGUUCCGUCGGUCUGUAAUGCGGGACUGAGGCAGCGGCUGGGGUUCUGUGUCCAGUCUGAAGCUGGGGAAGCUAAAGGUGGUGCGGCGGCAGCUGCUGCAGAGGUAUGAGCACCAGCCAUUUGUGUCAUGUCUGGCUGGUCUGUACGGUUGUCAGUGGAGACGCUACCAGAGGGCCAAGUCCCAGCCUGGCGAGUGCUGCUGCAGCCGGGUGGAGUGUGGGAGUGUGGUCCUCCUGGUCCUGACCUUCCUCCUCUCCUCCCUGUUCCUCUACUUCUGGAGCCAGGCUCACAACGACUACAAUGACUUUGACUGGUUUAACUUUGAGACUAUGGGAUUCUGGUUUCCCUGGUCUCUGGUGCUGCUUGUUAUUGCUGCUGCUCUGUUCACCUACAUCUCUCUGCUGCUGGUACUGGCAUUGUGUUUGCUGUCUGAGGGACAGAGACUGUAUCUUCACUGGAGUCACAAGAUGGGGAUUGUGGUGACCCUGGCGUUCUCAGUCAGUGCCAUGGCCGUUCUCUCCGAGGUCUGGAGUACAGAGUGGAAGACUCUCCUCCUCUCCCUGCAGGUGACAGCUCCCUUCCUUCAUGUAGGUGGGGUUUCAUUCAUGACUCUCCUGUCCUGGCCAAUAGCGCUAUACUUCUUUCGCAUGAACAAAAGAGUGCGUCAGGCGUGCCUGUUGAGUGUGUACAUUGUUGCAUUGUUCAGUUUCUACCUGGUUCCCCUGGCCAUGUAUUCUCCCUGCAUCAGGGCAGAUGGAACCCUGGGGCCCAAACCAACCCUCCUCGGACACAGAGGAGCUCCCAUGCUGGCUCCAGAGAACACCCUAAUGUCCUUUGAGAGUGCAUUGGAGGCUGGAGUGGACGGGCUGAAGACUGAUGUCACUAUCAGUGCUGAUGGUGUUCCAUUUGUGAUGCAUGACCUGACUCUCCAGAGGACCACUAAUGUAGAGGAGGUGUUUCCUAACAGAACACACGUACCUGCUGCCCUUUUCACCUGGGCUGACAUACAGCAGCUCAACGCUGGCGCCUGGUUCCUCUCUCGGGAUCCAUUUGGCACGGUGUCAUCUCUGUCCCCAGAGCAACGAGCUCAAGCGGCCAAUCAGACAGUUCCCUCCCUAGCAGAUGUUCUGAACCUAGCCAGUCAGGCAGGCAAGACAGUGUUGUUUGACCUGAGACAACCUCCACCUGGACAUCCUCACCGAGAUAACUACCUCAACAUCACCCUGGACCUCAUUCACACGCACAUCAACUCCAGCCAGGUGCUUUGGCUGCCGUCGGAGCAGAGAGAGAAGAUACAGCAGAUGGAUCCUGAGCUGCAGCAAACAGCUGGACAGAGUGCCUCUAUAGAAGAACUACAUAACAACCACAUCACCACCCUCAACCUGCACUACAGUACUAUGUCACUGCAGCAAAUCAGUAAGUACAGGCCGGUGAACAUCAGUGUGAACCUGUACGUAGUGAAUGAACCGUGGCUUUACUCUGUAGCCUGGUGCAGUGGAGCCUCCUCCGUGACCACCAACAACCUGCUGCUGAGGGACGUACACACGCCGCUGCUUCUGGUGAGUCCAGGGCAGUACAGUUUGCUGUGGGUUCUGACUGACUUGGUCUCGGCUGCCCUAAUUAUCUGUCUCUUCAUAUUCCACUGGUGGCGUGAGCGAGGCCUACAUUUCUGGUCAGGCAGUCGACAGACACAUGAAACAGGGCCUUAUAGCAAGUUCAGGACAGAUCCCGUGGAGAAGGGAUGGGGUCGAUGGAAUCCCUUCCAUUCAGUGUCUCCCACCAGAACCCUCAUCUCUCUCCCACUGGACCUCAAUCCAUGAAACACUUAACUCCUGAACCCUGCAUGAUCCAAUGAACCUCCCAUGAACCCACAAACCAACUGUGAAUCCUCCCCAAACCUCUGGACUUCAACACACGCAUGAAUCCUUUACCAAACCGUCGCCUAAGCUCCACCUACCACACACCUGACCGUUGCGGUCUAACCCGUGAUCUUUCCCCGGCAGAGCUCAGCGACGUCUGGUCCGUCUCCAGUGGGAACGUCAGGACGGAACUGCGGACCCCCAGUACCCUUCACCUCCCCACCAUCAAUGAGGAGUAACACGCACCCAGAUAAAACCAUAUAUACAUACAUAGACAGAGAUACACGCAUCUACACACUCGUAAACGCACAAGAGAAAGCAGACAGGAUGAAGAGGAGGAUCUGGAUGUGUAAGGUGGCAGCCGGACUGGGACCGUGUUUAUUUUUUCCUGUACCCGUGAUCUCUAGUGCUUUCUCAAUGGGAGCUGUCAUCAUAGCGUGACGCGUCCUUUUCUGCUUUGGUCCACUAGGAAGUCGAGUCUGUCAAGACAUAUGAUGGCAUGCUCAUUUAUUUCCAUUGUAGGCACCUGAGCCACCUGAGGGAGGUGCUAGAGUGUGGUGACAUCAGAACUAUGCAUCCCUGCUCCCUGGGCGAUGUUGGUCAAUAUGCAUUACCCAUAGGGUUCAGCAGCCACUAGUCAGCCAGCAGUAAAGUAAAUGAUCAAACCUAGACUUUAGUGGUCAGCUUGUCCCUACGACAAAAAGCACCUUAGGCUGCUGUGUUCGCUGAGUUCAACUUUUCACAUGCUAAAGGAGGUGUUAGAUAAUUCCUGAACUCCACACGUGCACACGACCACAGACCAAAAUGAAUCCAUUCUAAUUUGGUUACUGUACUCAAAGGCUCCGUGUGGCCUGGCUUUGAAGAAGAGGUUCAUGUGAAAGAUGAGCCAGUAUAUUUUGAUAAUCCUGACUGACAGUAGCUCCUGUCCUCACUCCCCUCAGGUGACCACUGGAGCUACUGAAUCAAAUUGCUCAUGAAAUAUAAUAUAUACAGUAUAUAUAUAUAUAUAUAUAUAUAUAUAUAUAUAUAUAUAUAUAUAUAUAUAUAUAUAUAUAUAUAUUUGUUCUCACUGUACAGACAUCAGCUGCAUUAGAGGAAUUGAUUCAUAUUGUAUGAUAUUUUGUGUGUGAGUGAAUGGAUGCAGUUGAACAAUGACUGUACUGUGCUUUUAGUUUGACACAGUUGUAAUGAUCAGGAGUUUCUAUUUGAAUGUAUGACCCAGCAGUAGCCUAGUGUUUUAGCAUGGCAGUGAAUACUGCUUCCACCAACACCGAUAUGAAUGACAUCUGUAAAAUCUUUAAAAUGUUGAGGUUGUAAAGCUAUAUCAUCAGGAGGUAGGGUGAGGGUAAGUUGGUUGGUAAUGGCCCUAUGGACAGUGUUUAGUGGGAGACAGGACAUCUAAGUGCCAAAAGGAAGACCACUAUCCAUAAGCCACUAGCCAUACAGAGGAGAA